UGUCCUCAUUUGGCUAUUUUGUCUAUGGAUCUCGACCUUCUCGCAGGCAAUAGGCAUAGGCAUCGAGCAUGCUGAGACAGCCGUACAAAUUUCCACGCUGUGCUUCUGGCUUUCUCUUGUAUUUUGUGGGUAAGUGCUACCAAACUACGUAAAGUCAAUUCAGAACUAAUCAAACUUUUUGGCAUCCUCGUUUCCCCAAAAGACCUUCCUCGUUUUUGGAUCUUUGUUUAUCGAGCGUCUCCAUUAACAUACUUCAUUGAUGGUAUGGUUCUGGCAGGAUUAGCCAACACACUUAUCGAAUGCUCCGAGAUAGAGCUCCUCCACAUUGAUCCUCCUUCCUCCAAUUCCACAUGUAUCAAUUAUCUAGGACCGUUCAUGCGGUAUGCAGGCGGAGUCCUCAGAAAUCCCACAGCUACCACGGAUUGGUUGUACUGCCCAGCUGAUCAGACAAACCAAUUACUCCAGCAACUAGGACUGGAACAGAACAUGCGUGGCGAAAUGUAGCCUAUAUGGUCGUCUAUGUCGUUUUUAACACGCUUGCUAUCUUUUUCAUCUAUUGGGUUGCAAGAAUGCCGAAAGCCAACAAGAAAUGAAUCCUGCGAGAACUACAAAAUUGCGCUUUCCAGUAGGGUCUUAUUUCCGAUUUUCCUCUCACAUCACAAAAGUUCUUUUAAUAGUAAUCAUCUCUAGAUUCAGUCGGGUUGCCGAUAAUGGAUCUUAGUAGAUAAUUUGAGCGGGCAUAAUAGGCCAUGCUGAACGUCUACAUAAGAAGAAUAACUAAUGUAGCCGUUUACCUCUAGGGCGUUCUAUCCAUCUCAAAAGGAGUGUGCUGAGUCUUUUUUGGAUAGGGAAGAGUAUCAUAAAGCCAAUGUAUAGGAGAGAAAACCUGCAUGGGAUAUACUACAUAGCUAAUUUUUUCAAUGUUGUUCACCUAGAAUCAGGGUUAUUUUUAGGAGACAUGUGUAUGUGAGAUUCUACUGUUGUUAUAUUCUACAUGUGAUUAGUUGUGAUAUAUAGAGUUUGAGUAUUUUAAUCUUUUCUCAUUUCUUUCUUCUUUUUCAGCUGACUACUUCAGGUAUCAGGAUAUUAUUCACACCAUAGCAUCAUGAAAUCAAGCAGGGGCUCAUAACAUAUAAACAAUAGGAUAACAAAGUAUAUUUUUUGAAAAGGAUAUAGAGCCUCGACUUUUGUUGAGACGAUUGUCUCGUAUAGCAACGUCACAUCGAAUUUGA